AUGGAGAUUCUGGUUCGAAUUUCUGAGCUGUCCAUGAAGGAAAGAAGAGGAAAGUACAAAUCCUGGCAACAUCACACGCAACUUGCCGAACUUUAUCACAAGCUGAAAUGUGGCGUGAACGAUCCAUGGCGUAGAGGCUAUAUUUAUACCCUAAAUGCUUUGAGCAGAAACUGGGUCUACUCGCUUCACUUUGGCAAUAAGUGGAAGCUACAAAUGGAUUCCGAAGAAGGUGGACUGGUACGGAAUAUUGUCAUCAAAUAUUUACCUGAGAUCUGGCCAUAUCGGUCUUCUUACUACUCGCCCUUUAGGUCUACCCAGACUAUCAAUGGUGCCUCCGAGGUCAAUUCAUCGGUGGAGCAAUUAAUCAUUGUCAGAGACCGGGAGUCUUACUGCUGGAAUCCAAUGCCAGAGAUAGUGAACUCGUCACUAGACAAUUUACCAAACGUUUGUUCAAUCCAACUAGAGUUCAAGACCUUCUGCGUUAGCCUCGAAGCAAAAGGCCUUGGUAUGUGUAGAGCUUUACAAAGAUUUAUGGGCGAUCAUAAAGACUUCAAGCUCAAAUCCGCCACAAUUGAGCAAACGAGUAGAGCACUAAUGCCAGUUGUGCAGCGAAUUGUGAUCCCGCAGGCCACCCUAAUAGCAGGCCAUGACGUCUGUUUUGAUUUCACAGAUAAGGGAAUCUGGGAAUUGAAAGCUUUUGCAGAAAAGGCAGAUGCUAGAGUGGAGACUGUUGAUUUGGAUCUAGAAGAUGAUCAGGAUUCAACGUUGUACAGUCAUUUUGACGAUAUUUUCCAGGUGUUGAGAAGAUGCAAAUGGACGUGGGUAUUUGGAAGAGAAGAGAAGUAUUUCAGCAGCUUAGAAACAAAAGACAGGUCUGAAGAUUAG